AUGGAUACACGACCGCCAUCCUGUCUAACUGUAAACCAACGAACCAACCUUGCUACUAUUCUGUCUGCGAUAGAUAGACCACACGAGAACGCAACCGAGUUUGUAGCGCUUGUUUUAGCUUGGUCGGCCCUGUUCGACGGGAAAACGGAGGCAGCCGGUCACGCGCACUCUUUCCACCAUUUCCACGGACCUGUGAUAGGGGAAGCUCGAGAAGUAAGUUGGAAGGACAAGCACGGCCACCACUAUCACGAUUACGUGGCACAUCCGCGUUACGAGUUCUCGUAUGGCGUGGAGGACCAUCAUACAGGCGACUAUCACGGCCAAAAGGAGCACAGAGACGGCAAAGACGUUGUCGGUGAAUACACGAUAAAGGAGCCCGGUGGUAACAUUAGAACGGUGAAAUAUCGGGCAGGGAAGAAUGGAUUUUUCGCUCACGUUUUCAACAGCAAUGGCAACGACCACGAUGGAGGCCACCACCAUUAAGCUGGGCGUCAUCAUCCGUUACCAAAGAUUUUCUCGUUACGUUGCGAUUGUUGUUGUUGUUGUUAUGCAACGUUGAUUGUUUC